GUGGUGGACUCCUUUGACAGCUGUCCUCAGUUCUUCUAUUCGGGGACCUUUCCAAGUGAUGCCCUGAACCCACAUAAUCCAGCCCGGAUCUGUCAGCGCUUCAGGAACUCGUAUCACUAUGCCACCCUGUAUGACAGAGACAGGAGAAUUCCAGUGUACUCUGCUUACAAAUACCAGCCUGUAGAAGAGAAGAGACCUCGAGGAUGGUGGUUUGUUGAGCCUCAGCUCACAGGUAAAUGUAAUCUUAAUGAUAUGGAAACAGAGUCAUACCUCAAGGAUAAAUGCAAAAUCUCCCUAGACGAUAUCAAAAAGAGCCAGGCUGUGCGUGAUGACUACAGAGGACUGAAGAGUUUGGUGCAUGGCCAUUUGAGUCCCACUGGGCAUAUGGAUAACGAUGUGAGUAAAAUGGCUACCUUCACCUUUACCAACAUAGUGCCCCAGGACAGCAUUCUCAACAACGGCAAGUGGAGGGUCUAUGAGGAUAAAACAAUGAAGAAAAACACCGAGGACUGUAAAACCACCUACGUGAUCACAGGUGCUGUGCCUGGGAACACCUACGUAUCUGACAACAGGGUGAACAGACCCAGCCACAUCUGGUCAGCUGCCUGCUGCCUGGGGGACGAAGAGCCCCAAGACGCCUGGGGGGCCAUUGCUGAGAAUGACAAGAACCAGGUGGAGGAGCUCAGCCUGGGGGAGCUGGAGGAGAGGUUGACUGAGCUCUAUGGUGGAACGGUUACUCUGUUCAACAAUGCCUGUCCCCGGAAAAAAGCCUCGCAUAAUCAUUAGAAUAGCCUCGGGGGCUUUUCCCACAUAUCAUAGAAUCACAGAAUCACAGAGUGGUUUGGUUUGGAUGGGACCUUAAAGCCCUAAAGAUCAUCGCAUUCUCCCCUGUAUCCAUGGGAAGGGACACCUUCCACUACACCAGCUUGUUCCAAGCCCUCCCCAGCCUGGCCUUGAACCCCUCCAGGGAUGGGGCAGUCAAACAGCUCUGGGUAACUUUUACGCAUACCACAGCCUGCUCCCUGUAAUUUACUGCUUUAUAAUAUCCAUCUAACCCUGCCCUCGAUCAGUGUGAAACCAUUCCCUCCUGUCCUCUCACUCCAUACCCUUGUCCAAAGACCCUCUCCAGCCCUCUUGGAGAUCCCUGAUGUACUGCACUCUCAGCAGUCUUCUCCAGGCUGAACAUCCCCAGCUCUCUCUCCCUUU